GACAGCCAAAGCGAAACUAGACUGAAAAGUCGUUUUACUUCCUCUAGUAGUACUACAGGCAGUACUGAUCGGAAAACAAAGAAAUAUGCAACUAGGAAGUGACUCCUAUCAGUUAACAUACACGAAGGAACAUUUAGAAGCAGAUCUCAAGACGUUUGCUUUCAUGACUUUAUUAGUUAUUUCGGGGCAUCAUCAAAGAAGUAUUUGAUUUGCGGAGUUCGCAUCAUGUUGGCAGUGAUGAAGGUGUUGGGUCUUGGGCUUUGGCUUUACUCGCCGAUACAUGCCUUUUUUGAGAAAGAACCAUUUGCUGUUGUAAACGCGGAUCUAAUACAUGUUGCGCGAACAGUGAGCGAUGCUUUUUUAUCAGUGGCUAUAGAUACCAACUUGGUCACUGAAGAGAAGUACAUCAACCUUUUGGGCUCGCAGAAGCUGAGGACACUAGCAAAAGGCCUAGCUCCUGGGUACUUGAGAUUUGGUGGAACAAAAGCAGACUUCAUGCUCUUCCACACUAAGGAAGUGUCAACAAGACAAGAGGCUUUCAGCAAACAGUUUGGAAUUAAACCAGGUGUUUGUGACAGAAGGCCCAUUUCUCCUGAGACAGAGGAAUAUUUGAAGUCAGAGUGGGUAUUGCAGGAGGAACUUAUCCUUACAGAGGAACAUCAAAAUCAUUAUUCCAAGAUAAAUAUUUCAGGGUCUACCAUGGAUAUGUUGUACAAUUUUGCCAAUUGUUCUGGGUUUCAUCUUAUCUUCGGCUUGAAUGCCUUACUGAGAACUAAAACCAAUACCUGGAACAGCUCCAAUGCUGAAGAACUCCUCAACUAUUGCCAGUCAAGGAACUACAGCAUGUCAUGGGAACUCGGGAAUGAGCCUAAUAGUUUUAUGAAGAAAUCUGGAAUCAGAAUUGAUGGCAACCAGUUGGGAAAGGAUUUCGUUCACCUCCGUGAAAUCCUGAGGAGAUACAAAAACUUCCAAGAUUCUGGAUUGUACGGACCUGAUGUGGGACAGCCUCGAGACCACGCAGAGAAUCUGCUGGAGGGGUUUCUAGAGAUGGGUGGGGAAGUCAUAGAUGCUUGCACCUGGCACCAUUACUAUGUGAAUGGAAGAGACACAUCCCUGUCCGACUUCCUCAGUCCUGAGGUGCUGGAUAGCCUUGCUACAAAAACCCAAGAAAUCUUUCAGGUCAUCAAUGAGACGGUUCCUGGUAAAAAAGUCUGGCUGGGAGAAACAAGUUCUGCCUAUGGAGGUGGAGCCCUUGGAUUGUCGAACACAUAUGUUGCUGGCUUCAUGUGGCUAGAUAAACUGGGACUCUCAGCCAGACUGGGCAUUGAUGUGGUCAUCAGGCAAGUUUUGGUUGGGGCCGGAUCUUACCAUUUAGUUGAUUCCAAUUUCGACCCAUUGCCUGACUAUUGGCUGUCUUUGCUAUACAAGAAGCUGGUUGGCCCUAAGGUGCUUGCUGCUACAGCAUUCACACAUCUAGGAACAAAAAGCAAGCUUCACCGUGUCUACAUGCACUGCACCAAGAGCAACAGCCAAACCUCUGGGACAGGAGCUGUAACAGUGUUUGCCUUAAAUCUGAGCAAGAAAACAUCAACAAUCCACCUACCUCCACUCUUGUCUGACAAAACAGUUGUCCUUUACCUGUUAGAGCCUGCUGGAGAUGAUGGCUUACAUUCAAGGUAUGUGCAGCUGAAUGGAAAAGUGUUGAAGAUGGUGGAUGACACAACACUGCCAGUCCUGACAGGGAUACCCCUACCUGUGGGUAGCCCUCUCAAACUCCCAGCCUUGUCCUUUGCAUUUUAUGUGGUGAAAGAUGCCAACGUUCCUGCAUGUAGAUAAAACCAUACACAGAUUUAGAUUUUCCAGUCGUGUUAAAGGAUAUGUACUUGUGUCAGGUUUUAAGAAAAAGGGAUUGUGUGUUGUGGCUUCUAGGUAAUUUAAUAUGAGGAAGGUAGCUUUUUUUACAAGCAAAAUAUGUUUCUCUAAUUUCUGUCCAUUUUCUAUAUCAUACUCUUAUUUCAGAAACUAUUUAAGGUAGUCGCUUCAUAUUUUUUGGGUUAUUUGAUAUAUGAAGAGUGCAAUAUAUAGUUUACACUGGAAAAUAUAAACUCAAGGGAGCAUCUUAAUAGUAAUGAUUUAAUAUGUGUAAACAAGUACAAUCAGGCACUACAGUGAAAUCUGUGGUAUAUAAAAUUAAUUAUUAAAUACAUUUUAAAAAGUAUUGCGACAUCAUGCAUCCAUGUACUGUAUUAAAACAAUUGCCUUUGAGCUGUAAAAAUCUGCCCGUGUGCCGAAACACUUUGCUCAGCAUCAACAGUUAGGGACAAUAGAGAUAUCGCUUGGCCAGUUUUGCGAUGUUGGGAAAGCGUGACUCUGCAGACCUCCACCAAGCAGUCAGAGGAAUAUCAUUGAUGCAUUUCAUUGCAUAAAAGCGGCAGCCUUCCUAUUCAACUUUACAGUCCCGGGUGAAGCCUGGUAUGGAAUCCAACAGGGGGGUACGUUUAAAAUGUGCACUUGUACAGGAUCAAACACCCUCACUGCCUUAAGGAACUGGUGUGCUGGCUGGGUGAAACAGCGUGGUCUUUCACUACAAUCGGUCAGGGUUGAAGUAGCUGUUCAGUUUAUUUGAAACUUCAGUAAGUGUUUGAAUACAUUGGCUUUGAAUCACUGCAUCGCUGCUGUGUUGCCCUCCUUUAAGUGCUUGGUAACUGUUAAUUACAACAACAACUUUGUUGUACGCUGGGUGAACACAAAUUUCACGGCUUUCAAACCAUUUAAUUAAAUUAACAAGUUGUUUUCCGUACCGGGCGAUUAGGUCGAUUUGUAUCUGUAUUUUUUCAGAACUGUCAAGCAGACGUUAAAGCUGCUGUGUUUGGGGUAAUUUCGAUUUCCUGUGUCACAAAAGUCAGGUAAGACUUAAGGUACUGUGCAUGGUAUUCAGCAACAGCACACCAGCUCCCCCAUCUCGUUUUAACUGGUUCAGGUGGCAGUGUAGCAAGAAGAUCUGAACCCAGAGCUUGGACGGAGAUUUGUAAAUGCUGUUUAAAACACAACUUUUUGCUCGGACAGUGUUUGAAAACUUUUUUGACGAGUUUGUCAACCUCUAGGAAAUUGCUCCUCCAAAUAUCACUGUACAUAUUCACGUCUCACUGGGUUGAUGACGGAAUCUAAUCACCAUUUGUUACAUUCCGUCUGAAAAAAAAUCACAUAACUUUUGGUUGUCUAGCUUUUCAAGGGGGAUAUUUGCACAAACAAACGCCUCUGUCAGAUCAAAAUUUAGGGAGUUUUAUGCUCUCGGUUUUCAGUGGACUUUUGAAACAAAUAAGUUAAUGUAGUUUGUGUCUUAGAGCUGCAGUUGCUUUACUGGAUUCGAUUUCGGCUUUUCUGUUUUGAUGGAUACUGGAAUCCAGAUGCCGGUCAACAGACUAUUUUCUGUAGUGAUCUACAAUCAUUUUACAGGAGGUACAGAAAAGAUUGCCUACGGUGUUAUGUAACACUAAUGGAUACUGCUUUGAUGAGACAUUCAUUUUGUUAUUAGUGUACAGAGCUUCCCGCCAUAAAUUCAUAGUCACAUGACAAGAAUGACCACUCUACACUGCACUUCAUGAAGUCACGUGUCAAGAAUGACUUUUCUAAGCAGCACUAUACCUACAGAAAAGGCCAAUAUGCAUGUACUGUAACUGCAGAGUUUAUACUUAAGGCGUGUUUGUAUGAAAUUGAAAUAACACACACACACACACACACACACAUAU